AUGCACAUCAUACCAUUAAUUCUUAUUCUAUGUGUGGGCUUGAGUUUUGGCGCCGACCCUACUACUCAUAGUCCAAACCUAGGCGCCGAUGAUAAAAAUGUUAUAAUGAAAGAACUGUUUGAAACAAUAAAUCCAAUCUUAAAGGAGAUCAGAAAGCGCAUUGAUGAUUUGACUUUUAGGUUAGAUGAGCAAGACUCCUUGAUUAGAAGUUUGGAGGCAAAAGUGAGCAGAUUUGAUCCACUUGCCAAACAAUCAGAGGUGCCUCGAGUUCGGAUUAAGCAGAUGAUAGAAGACCUAGAAGCAUUUAACAGGCUUGAUCCACUUACCAAACAGCAAAAACUACUCUUGUCAGACAUUGAAACUAACGAAUGGAAAACCAUACUUCGACGCCAAGAUGGUUCGGUGAAUUUCUAUAGAAAUUGGGCUGAUUACAAAUCUGGUUUUGGCAACCCCGAUGGAGAAUUUUUCAUUGGCCUCGAAGUAUUGCACAAUCUAACCAGUAACGGCUUACCCCAAGAGCUGCUUGUGGUGAUGCAAGAAUUUGAUAAUACAGAGAGACAAGCCAAAUAUGAUCUCUUUCAAGUGGGCAAUGAAACAGAGAAAUAUGCCAUACUCCAGUUGGGCGAAUACAGCGGUAAUGCAGAAUUUAACGCUAUGUUAUAUAUCAAGGGUGCAAAAUUCUCAACAUUUGAUCAGGAUAAUGAUACCGAUGAUACAUAUGAUUGUGCUAAAAACCGUAAAAGUGGAUGGUGGUUCAUGGAUUGCAGUUAUUGCAAUUUGACUGGACCCUUUAGGAAAACAGCCGAUACAAGUGGCGAAGGUUUUUUGAAAUGGUAUUGGAAAAAUCUAAAAUUUGCCGAAAUGAAAAUUAGAGCAAAAAAGUGAAAAUUGUUGUCAUUGAAAAGGAAAAAGUUUUGUUUGU